GCAUGGGUGGGUGUGAGUGGUGCAACGUAGGGUAUCAGAUCAAUCAGUAGGCUCAGAGACAGUGAGAUGGCCUAGGCAGCCAGCUUAUAUAAGUGAGGAGGAGCCUGAUUGGUGUGCUGCAGAUCCUGCUGCAACACCUGAGACACGCCUCCACAAUCCCCUGCACCACAAUCCCCUGCAUAACCAACCAGAGCGAGGUCAUCACAAUUACUCCCUCCCCAUGUGUGCAUGCUUAUGUGUGUGUGUAGGCUGGCAGGGAUAUACCAACCACCACUCUCAGCCUCUGGACGGUGUCACGACUCACAGCCUCAACCAAUGGCAGGCCUGCCUGAAGGACGCCUCCCAGCUCAACCUGGUGCUCUGCAUGCCUCUCCCUGAACCCCACUACGCCUGGUUGUACCAGGGCAGGCUGGUGCACCAGCGGCAGAAGCAGCUCCAGGAGAGGGAGCCAGAGGUGGAAAAUGCCAACUUCGUCAGUCUGUACAGGAGGCUCCUGGGAGCAGUGCUCCGGCCAGACCCAGGGGCCAACAGGAUGGCUGGGGGGCCUGAGGCCCAGCUGAGGGCCAGAAUGGACCACCUACACCUCAAGAACCAGGAUGAGGAGGAGGAGGAGGAGGAGGUGAAGGCGGAGGAGGAGCUGGGAGGGGCUGAAGGCCGCGAUCAGGGCUUGGAAAGGCCUCUGGUGCACGUCGGUGGCCGACGGGUCCAGGAACCCAGAACUGGGCAGGAAGCAGGAGAAGAGGAGUUGGAGCAGUGCCAUUUUUGGCCAUCCUGGCACCCGAGGAAGACCGAUCGCUCCUCAUUGGAUGUACCGACGUCCACUGUUGAUGACCCCGAGUCCCCGCUAUAGCCGGGGGUCCGACCCAUCACAGGGAACCACCAGAGGGACGGCUGCAGGAAAGAGGACAGGAAGAGCAAGCGCUGCGGCCAGAGGAAGACCGGUGGGUAGAGGAAGAGGGACGGCCUCGGCAGGCCGCACGGCGCGAGUGAGCAGGGUAGUAGUGAGCAGGGUAGUAGUGAGCAGGGUAGUAGUGAGCAGGGUAGUGAGCAGGGUAGUGAGCAGGGUAGUGAGCAGGGUAGUGAGCAGGGUAGUGAGCAGGGUAGUGAGCAGGGUGUGUUAUAGCCCCCAAUGGGCAUCAGACUGGGCUAGGGCAGUUAUUAGUAAUUACUGUUAGCAACAUCCUUUCCAUUCACAUUCAGGGAGUUUUGAAUUGAAUUGAAUAAAGUUUUUAUUUUGAAUAAGUAAAUAAUAAUAAAAAUAGCAAUAAUAAACAAUAAAAUAAAUGAAACAAGUGGACGGUUGCAAUAAAGUAAUAUUUACACACAAUGAAAACCACAAAAUAAAAUAAACUGUCUUACACUUGCUUUACCUGUUCGAAAAGGGGUGAGAAGAAGAAAACGUAUUUAAUCUCACCCCUUCUCCCUAAUUUAUUUACCUAUAAUGAGUAUUAGCUUCCUUAUUAAUGAUUUAAUAAUCAUCAAAAAAUAAUUAUAUAUUAAUAUAUAUUAGUUUACAAUAUGAUACAAUUCAUUACCACUUGUGUAUUUAUCUAAUAAUAUUGUCAAGUUAUCUUUUAAUAAUAUCUAAUUAAACAUUCAAUAUUAUAUAAAUACUGUCAAAUAUAUACCAUUAUAUACAUACAUGUAAACAUAUACACUAUGUUAAACACCUUCUUCAUCCCUGUACCUCGUAAAAAUCAAUUCUUUGUAUUUUAAUUUAAACUGGUUAAUGUUUGGACAUUCCUUGAUCUCCCCACUCAAACUGUUCCAUAGUCUUACACCACAUAUUGAAAUACAAAACAUUUUCCUGGUCGUACGGACGCUGUUCACUUUUAAAUUUAAUUUUCCCCUUGAAUUAUAACCCCCCUCAUGAUCACUGAAUAAUAUUUGUAUGUUUAAGGGUAAUAUGUUGAUUUUAGCCUUAAACAUUAUCUGUGUGGUUUAGCAGACGCUUUGAUCCAAAGCGACUUACAAAGUGUUUUUGUCAGAAGAAGCUGACAUAGGUUGUUUCUUCAUCAUUCCUGUAAUCUUCUCAGGUAAUAUCUUCAGUUUAUCUAACGGAAUGGCUAGUAACGUUUUCGCACCUUUCAUAAUUAUAGUUGUUAUAAUAUAAUUCAUAUGGUUCCAUACUGCCUUCUUUAAAGGGCAUUACUCACUCAAAUAAUAGUGAGAGUGAUACAAUACAGAAGCAACCAUUUUUAACAUUUAUUUAUACAGUAAUUAUAUUGUUUUCAAAUAAAGAAAUUGUUUGCAAUGUAUGUACAUUAAAUACAUUUAAUGAAAAACAAAUAAAAACAUAGAACUGUAGCUCAUUCAGUUCACCGUUGAUUUAGGAAAUCUGGGGUUUGGCCAAACAAGGUUAUUAUUACGCUCAGCUCUCGUCACACUAAGUAGGAAUAACCAAAAUUGACCAUCUCAAAAUAUAAUGAAUAUCUAAGGUCUGUUGGUUGCUAAUGGACGUUAGUCUAUAGCCUAGUGUUCAAUCAUAACA